ACAGAACUCCGUAUUGCUGCUUUAAUUGCAUGAAUGCCUGAUAUAUAAAAUCUUCUCUUUUACUGAAUACUUUUACUGCUUUGCUGUCACAGUCUAUGCCAGAAUGCCGCAAAUAUUUCCCUUUCACCUGUAUUUAUCUUAAAGUAUUCCUUAUCUUGGACGACUAUUUUUCAUGCUUUUGGCGAUUCUAUCACCUUAAGAGGGAGGGCUUGGAUAUCUUAAACAGCAUAUUUCUCAUAGCACAGUUGCCUAAUAUAGUUCAACCUGUAGGCGCGUUGACGUUCCAACACCCGAGCGCUCUGACAUAUGUAAAACGGACAACUUUACGGCUGUUUUUAACAUCGUGUUUGACUUCGAAUACCACCUGUCUUUUAACCCUGCAACGUCUUGUGCGGUACCACAAGUCACCGACUUCCUACGCACUGUAACCCUCGCGUUGGACUCGGAGCUGCAUUCCACCCUUUGAGUCUUGCCCCUAAUUUAGACCUGCUGCUCUGUAGGAUCCGAGAAACGGACAUGGUCAUAGUCUAGGCUCGGCUACAUCGACAGGGGCACGGCGUUUCCACGGGACACAUUCACAGCAUGGAAAUUACCAAGCAGGUAGCAUCUCAAGAUGAACUCCCCAAGACCGACACAGCCACUGAUCCUGAUGCAGAGGUGUACAUGAACUUCAUGAAGAAGCACUGUUGUUAUGAUGCCAUGCCAACAAGUUGUAAACUGGUCAUAUUUGACACCACGCUACAGGUGAAGAAGGCCUUCUUUGCUCUAGUGGCAAAUGGCUUAAGGGCCGCUCCGCUUUGGGACAACAAGUUGCAAAGAUUCGUGGGUAUGCUCACCAUCACAGAUUUUAUCAAUAUUCUUCAUCGCUACUACACAUCUCCCCUGGUUCAGAUCUAUGAGCUGGAGGAACACAAGAUUGAGACUUGGAGAGGUGAUUCAUCUCAAAAUGUUUGUCUUCAGGGCUGUAACCGCUGUCUCAUCAGUAUCACCCCUGAUGCCAGUCUCUUUGAUGCCAUCUUCUCCCUCCUGAAGCACAAAAUCCACAGACUACCAGUCAUUGAUCCAAAGUCAGGAAGUGUGCUUCACAUUCUGACACACAAGCGCAUCCUCAAGUUCCUUCACAUAUUUGGAGCUAUGAUACCAAAGCCUCAAUUCUUGCAGAAAACCAUGGAGGAGGUUGGCAUUGGGACUUUUAAAGACAUUGCCACCGUGCAAGAUACUGCCACACUUUAUGAUGCCUUAUCUGUGUUUGUGGAGCGGAGGGUGUCUGCUCUACCAGUUGUUGACAGCAAAGGAAAGGUUGUGGCUCUGUACUCCAGAUUCGACGUGAUUAAUCUUGCCGCACAGAAGUCCUACAACAACCUCAACAUGACCAUGCGGGAGGCUGUGCGGAGGCGAACGUGUUUUAUUGAGGGCGUCAUCAAAUGCCACGGCCAUGAGACCCUUGAGACUGUCAUCGAUAGAAUCGUCAAAGCAGAGGUGCAUCGCUUGGUGCUGGUGGACAGAGAGGAUGUGGUGAAGGGCAUAAUUUCUCUCUCUGACCUGCUUCAGGCCAUGGUCUUAACCCCAGCAGGUAUUGAUGCCCUUUUCUCAUAACCUCUGGUUGGAAAUUGUCCGUCCUGCAACCUCCACCUAACUGCCCCUCCCCUGUCCCAGGUUUUGACUGGCAAUGAAUUCAUUUUGUUCUCAACUGGUUGGUCCAGGUGCAAGAAUAUAGACAUCUUUAUGUUGCACGAAUGAUGGAAACUCAAACAGCAAGAUCCCCUCACAAACACAGCAGAAUUCAAUGUAUUAUAAGCCUCACUGACCUACAAAGUCUGCCAAGUCUCCUACAGCCAUUUUCCCCCAGUGGAGACAAAGUAAACACACUUAGAGAUUACCUGCAAGUAAGACAAGUCAACCUUUUGAUCUGAUUCAUGAUUGAAGGAAGAAAAUGUGAUGUGCUCUCAAGAUAAUUCCAAGAGAUGGACGAAGCGUUUCUGUGUGCUUUUGUUUGUUCACCUUCUUUUCUUAAUACUGAAGAAAGACCCACUAACAAAAUAAUGAAUCUGUCAAGAUCCAAAAGACAAGUAAGGGAUAAUGUAUAAUCUGCUGCCGGUCUGUAUGGGAAAAUAAAGCCAGACUUCAGGGCGAACAGGAGGUCCCUAGGUCUUUUUUCGUCCUGAAUGGAUUUAUUUCCCUAUACUGACCGGCGGACUGCAGAUUAUCCUGCUUAUUAUACGGUUACUUGCCAAAACGAUAAAAUACACUCCUCAAACAUAUUUCUUUUUAGUGGAAGUUUUUGCAACAUUCUGAGGAGCUGUAUAAUAAGACAAGAUAAUUACUGUCAAAUUAUUUCAGAGCUGAUCACUAUAAACAAUCAUGUACAUGUGCUUGUCUUAUUAAAUCUGGCUGUACAGUUGAUCAAAUUGAUUUCACGAUUACCCUGUGUCGUAUGCGCUAUUGAUGUGCCACAACAUUAUGUUUUUGUAAUAAAUAUUUUUCUAAAA